AUGGAUUCACUUAAGGCGUUGGACAUGGAGCAUCGCUCUGGUAUUUCCCACGAAGAAGUUGAAGAGUUUGCGAAUCGUAUGGAUAUGAUUUCGAAAGCUAUGGAUGAGAUCAAGAAUGGCACGUUUGAUCCUCUACAGUGCAAGAUUCCGGGGUAUAAAACGCCUGAGCAAGAGGAAGUUGAACGCAAAGCGCAAUUAAAACGAGAAGACGAACGUUGUAAGCGAGAGGCUGAACGAAAACGAAAGGAGAAACAAGAAGAACAUGAGAAUUGGUGGCGUAGAGCAAAACUACGAUUUUCAAUCGAAGAUACGGAAGUAAUUGAUGAGACAAAUGACAAGAUGAGUAAGAGUAAACGGUGGGCCAAUCGUAUCCUUGCAGCCUACAAAACACGUGACGCAAAUGACUACUCCCUAUGGAAUCGAUGGGAACCCGAAGAUCCUGUUACCUUGCAAGAAAAAGCUGAGCGAGAAAACGAACUGGAAAAACUGCGCAAUCGUGAGUUUGAAACCCAAAAUCCUGAUUUUUGUGACCAAUUCAAAAAGGAUAUGGACGAGCGACAAAAGUCUCAGAACGAAAAAACUCGUCUUGCCGAGCAAUUAAAACAAAGAGGCAAUGGAUUUUACAAGAAAAAAGAGUACAUGAAUGCGAUCAAGAACUAUAAAGACGCACUAUUGGCCUCACCUUUCAACGUAGCAAUCCUUGCGAACAUUGCACAAUGUUAUUUGCGACUUGAAGAAUAUGACGAAUGUAUCGAAUUUUGUACACGUACGUUGUUUCUUGAUCCAAAAUAUAUCAAAGCAUUAUCUCGUCGUGCCACUGCAUGGCAUCAUCAAAAGAAAUUUCAAAAAGCUGCUGAUGACAUGAAAAAAGCUUUGGAGCUUGAUAAGGAAAAUGUUGAUAUUAUUGAACAGCAUUCUAUUAUUGUUGGCGAUUAUGAAGACUUAAUGACGAAGCAGGAGCUUGAAAUGACGUUGCAGCGUGUUGAAAUGACAAAAGACGGGGCUCAUGCACUCGCAUCAGAACCAUCUUCUCUUGACGAAUUAAGAUUCUAUUUGAAUAUGAUUCAAAAAAUGAAUGAACAUACAGUUAGUGAUAAAUCAAGUUACGAUCGAGUCCACGACGCGUGGGUCGCUUACGACUUAGUUUUGCCGAUAAUCAAGGCAAAUGACCAUGUUCGUACGAUCUUUAGAACUUCGGGUGAGAUGGACAAACUCUGUGCUCGAAUUUCGACUGCAUUGCAAUUUCCAAACGAAGUUAAUGAUGGUACCCGUCAGCAUACUGAAACAACUAUUUUGAGUGCGAUGAUUAAUUGUGCGACGGCUGCAGUAGCCAACACUCCACGCAAUCAAGUGAUAUUGUUUCGCAAUGAAGACUUUCGGCAGCAUCUUUUGACAUACUUUAAAGUCUUAAGUGCAACAUCAUUUGACAGAAUCAUUCAGUCAAGUAUCCUUUGCUUUCUAGAACAAGUGGUUGAGUUGAAAAGCUGGAAAAACGAAAUUUUAGCAUCGAACAAUAUCAUCUCUUCACUUCUUGCAGCUCUUUGUCUACCCGUUACUGUGAAUGCCUCAAGUGAUGAAAAUACAGCAGGAAUGACCAUUACUCUAGCUGGAGCAAGCAUCUGCUUCACUUUAAGCAGUGAGAUUGCUGGAAUCCAGACAUUUACUCGUUGUGGCUGUAAUUGUCUUACCGCCAUUGCUACUGCAUUAGAAAUUCACUGUAAUGAUGAUGUCAAAUGCAAUGUGCUGGGUUUUCUAUCCAAUUUGUCAACCAAUAACGAAUUUCGAAGAACGAUCGAACAGUAUAAGGACAAUUAUCAAAAACUUGUGCUACGUUUACUUGAAAUAUCACAAGACAAUGCGAUUAAAUCAACAAUUUCGUCAACUCACGUUACACUCUCGGAGCGAGCAUUAGGCGUGCUUUUAAACUUCUCGAUCACGAAAAAUUCACUUCUUCGGACACAAUAUCUGUUCGAAUUUCACGCUGUGGAUAGAAUUGAGAACAUUCUCAGUCACGUGACGUCUUCAAACUUUUCUGCUUUGCUUCUCGUCUUGUCACGCACUGUAAGUCUUCUCUGUCGGCUUCAGCCAGCAAGUAAAUCAAGUGAACAAGAAUUUAAGCACGUCAUUCGUCGAGAAUUACUUUUAAAGCUCUACACAGUGUUUGAAAUCGCAAUACUCAAUGUCAAGGACGAAACGAAUGUAUUAUCGUUUGAGUUGUGGCAAUUGUUCGCACAAAUUUGGUGUCAUUUUGGCUCGUGUAUACACAUCACAAAUGUUCGUGCUUUGUUGAGCGAGAAGGACGCAGUCUCCCGAUUGCUUCAAGUGCUUGCACUUGUUCAUACUCAACAUGUUCAGAAACGUUUUGCUAGCGAGUUUAAUGCAUGCGAACGACUUAUUGGAAAUCUUGUCAAAGUGUUGAUUGCAAUGCACUCGGACAAUGUCUCAGCAGACUUGCGACAUAAGAAAAAGCUCUCCAUACUAGUGAAAACUCUUCAGAAUCUACCGGAUGGAGUAGCUCGCAAAAAUGUUGCAAUUCUUCUGGCCAAAUUGUGUCAAAUUGAUCCAGAAGUGAAAGAUAUCGUUCGUGAUCUGCGUGGUAUUGAAAUGAUGAUGUCAAUUAGUUGCUCUUCUGCAGUGAGUAGUCGUUAA